CAGGCAUCUGAUAGCAGGAGCAGAAACAAGCUUAGGGUCGGAGCCAGAGAAAGAGAAAGAGAGAGAGAGAAAGAGAGAGAGAGAGAGAGAGAGAGAGAGAGAGAGAGAGAGAGAGAGAGAGAGAGAGAGAGAGAGAGAGACUCUAUUGAACUUUCAGUUUACGAGCGUUAUCGUUUUAACGAAAACGGCGUAACGAUACGAUCAAAUACUGAGAGUAAAAGAAGAUAGCUUGCAACGCUCCUAGCUGCAUCUGAUCAAUACUGCUGUAACUUGAGGAGCUCUUUGGAAGGUUGCAGUGCACUUCAGACCCAGCUGUGCAGGUGACUCGCAACCCUAACUCAAGACAGAAAGAACUGUCAAGAUGUCUCUUGCCGUGAAAGAGAAGACAACAGUCCGCCUGGUUUUCUUUGGGGCCGCCGGUGUCGGGAAGACUGCGCUGAUACAGCGGUUCCUCCAGGACAAAUUUAACCCCAAAUACAAGCGAACUGUGGAAGAGCUCCACAGCAUCGAGAACGUAAUCGACGGCGUGAAAAUCAAAAUCGAGAUCAUGGACACCAGCGGUAGCUACUCGUUCCCGGCGAUGAAGAAACUCUGCAUCCGCAACAGCGAUGCAUUCGCCCUGGUCUACUCCAUCGAUGACCCGGAGUCUUUCGAGGAGGUCCGGAGGCUCAGGGACGAGGUCCUGGAGAUCAAAGAGGACAAGUGCACCCCGAUUGUGGUGGUGGGUAACAAAGCGGACCAGGAGAACCAGAGGCAGGUCCUCCCCGAAGACGUCAUGUCAACUGUGGAGCUAGACUGGAACGCCAGCUAUUUGGAGGCUUCAGCAAAAGACAACAUAAAUGUGAUCGGCGUGUUCAAAGAGCUGCUUCAACAGGUAAACCUGCCCAGCAGACUAAGCCCGGCUCUCCGCAGAAGGAGGGAGACGUUCCCUAAAGUCUUGGACCCCGGAGUCAGAAAACCACGCAUUAAUAAAACAAACAGUUGCACCAUCUCCUAAUGCUCGAUUAUGAAUCUGAUGAAAGGAGUCAUUUGUCAGUCAGUUAGUGAAAUCAUAUAAUAUGCAUUUCCUUAUAUAAUACUGAACAUGAACAGUUGGACAUUCUUUCUCAAGGCAGAACCUGAGUGGAGAACUGCUCCGUUGUUUACCAUCAGCAGUGAAAAAACAAAACAAAACUGUGUUUUAAUAAGUUGUAUAAUAAAUAUGUUGACCUCCAAAUUGGAGUAUUUCAGUAACUCAUGUUUUGCUUGAGCCUGUAUACUUGUUCAAACUUUUUUUUUCUUUUUUUUUUAAUGAUUUUGUAAUGAUGUAUUAUUGCGAUUGAUGUAUGCUUGAGUUCUUUGUCAUCAUGCGUUUGGUAUUGAGAUUGAAACAUUUUGACACUGCCGCAGUUGACAACCACAGCUUUAUAUUACAAAUAACGUGUUACCAAUGUAAUA